CUAACCCUGAUUUGGGAUCGUGGAUUGGGAGAAGAUGUAGAUAGCGGAUGCAUUGCUUUGACCGAUGGUGAUCAGUCAUUCAAUAGGGACAUCAAAUACGUUCCCAUGCAAUGGUAUGAAACGCCUUCAGUUGUCACCUUUUCGCCAGAGUGCACUGGUGAUAAUCCUCUUGGCAUGGAAAAUGGUCGAAUCACAAAACAGCARAUAAGUGCAUCYUCAAUGUGGGACCCUUACCAUGGACCAAGUAAUGCCAGACUUAACUUUGCMAAAGACAGAGGUAAAAAAGGKUCUUGGUCAUCUAGAACAAAAGACGCAAACCAGUGGCUUCAGGUGGAUUUUMUUCAAAAUGUCAACCUCCAAAAAAUUGCGACACAAGGUCGACAAGACGCCGCCCAGUGGGUAACAAAGUACAAACUGGCUUAUAGUCCCGAUGGUUCGUCGUCUAGCUUUCAGACGUAUCAGGAAAAUGGAGUUGAUAAGGUAUAG